AUGAGUAGUGUUAGCGCUGCUGAUGAAAAAUAUAUAGACACGUCAAUGGAAAUAGUGAAUGGUGUAAUAUCUAAGGAUUUUACCAUUGAUGAAUCUGGAUUACUUAUCUUUGAUCCAUGCAGCUCCAAAAAACCAGGAAAUUGGUCAUCACGAAAAAAAUUUGCCCACACAGUUUUAUUUGGACUAGUUACUUUUGGCGCUCAAAUGAACUCCACGACCACGUCUGUUGAACAAUUCUCCGAACUAUUGAGCUUAGAAUUUGGAAUUACUAGGGAAACUGCAUUGCUUACAAGUACCCUUUAUAUCUUAGGAAUUGCCUUUGGACCCAUGGUAUUUGCACCAUUAUCGGAGGUUUACGGAAGGAAAUUUGGAGUCUUAGCUCCAAUUCUUAUUUCUAGUGGGUUUACAUUUGCAGUGGCAACAAGUUAUAAUGUUCCCAGCUUAAUGGUUUUUAGGUUUCUUUCAGGAUUUUGUGCUGGGGCCCCUAUUGUCAGUGCCGGUGGAGUGUUAGCUGAUUUAUAUCCAGAUACUGCAAUCAGAGGGAAAUAUUUUGCCUUUUAUGGUCAAUUGGUGAAUGGGGGCUCGAGUAUGGGCCCAAUAAUUGCCUCAUUAAUGAUGCGUAGCAGCAAUGAUGUAGGAGCUUGGAGAAUACCUCAAUAUUUUUCUGGUCUUCUUAGUAUAGCACUCUACAUCAUUUGCGAGCUUCUAUUGGAUGAAACAUAUGUUCCAGUAUUGGUUAAAAGAGAAGCCAAGGAAAUUAGAAUCAACACAGGUAACUGGAAAAUCCAUUGCCAGCUCGAUACGUGGCAAUUGGACUUCAAAGAUGUCGUUACACAACACUUGAUCAGACCAUUUGCAAUGUUGAUUACCCCGAUUGUGUUUGUAAUUGUAUUGUUUGCCAGCUAUGUUUAUGGCGUUUUCUAUAUUGUUAUUACUACUAUGCCAACAGCAUUUACUUUAACUAGAGGUUGGGAAGGUACAAUUGCUACACUUCCAAACAUAUCACUUUUCAUCGGGGUUUGUUUCGGAAACACCGUGACAUUUUUUUGGGCUGGAAGGUAUGCAAAAACUCCAGGUUCACAAAAAAUUAAAUCAGUGCCUGAAGAAAGAUUUCCAAUGUUGAUGUAUUUUGGUUGGCUAAUGCCUGCUGGUAUUUUUCUCUUUUCUUGGACUUCAUCGUCUAAUAUCCACUGGAUUUUUCCAUGUUUGGGUAUUGUAGGCAUCGGCUUUGGUUUUAUCAUUAUCUUCCAAGGCUGCUUGAACUAUUUGGUUGACACAUAUACGAAUUAUGCGGCUUCAGGAAUUGCAGCGAACACCUUUAUGAGAUCGGUUUUCGCUGCAUCAUUUCCCUUAUUUGCCAAACAAUUAUUUGUAAACUUAGGAGUCCACUGGGGCGGAUCGUUGAUUGGCUUCAUUGCAUUGGGGAUGAUUCCGAUCCCGUUUUUCUUCUACAAGUAUGGGGCGAUUAUGCGGGCAAAGAACCCAUAUCAAGGUAUAUAG